AUGAUCAAGUUGCUGACGACGAGGACACAGAUGCACGAGAAACUCCCUCCAGGCAUAACGCUCAUCCAGGCCGACGACUUCCAGACCUGGCUCAUGGACAUCCAAGUCAUGGACGACAACCCGCUUUACCAGGGAGAAACAUAUCGGUUAAAGUUUAGUUUCACGCCACAGUAUCCUAUCGAGGCCCCCGAAGUAGUCUUCGUCCGUACACCCACGCACCCUAUACCCUGGCACCCGCACAUCUACUCCAACGGCAUCAUCUGCCUCGAUUUGCUCGACCGUUCCGGUUGGUCGCCUGUUCACAACGUCGAGAGUGUGUGUGUCAGUCUGCAGAGUAUGCUUACGAGUAAUACGAAGAAGGAGAGGCCGCAGGGCGAUGAGAAUUUCGUGAGGUAUAAUACCCAGCGGCCGAGGGAUAUUAGCUUUGUUUUCCAUGAUGAGAAGGUCUAG